AUGCAACUCCCUCAAAUCGUAGCGCGCGCUGCCGCCCUGCUGGGCCUCGCUUCCCGGCAGCUCGACCCCGACUCCUCGGUGUAUCAAGAUGCCGAGACUGGCCUGACCUUUGCCUCCUACACUAGCGACCGCGGGGUCACUUUCCGUGUCGCCAUUCCCGACACGAUUCCUGACGACAAAGUGUUCGACACCGUCCUCCAGAUUGUGGCCCCCACCGAUAUUGGCUGGGUCGGCUGGGCCUGGGGUGGCCAGAUGACCUACGACCCCUUGGCUGUGGCCUGGGCGGACAGUGCCAACGUCGUCCUCUCCUCGCGGAUUGCCUUCGGCUACUUCAGCCCGGCCGACAACCCGGAUGCCGUGCACACGGUGGUCACAACUGGAACGCACGCCAACGAGACACACUGGCAGGUGACGGCCAAGUGCACCGGCUGCUCACGCUGGGGUGACGAAAGCUCCGGCUACACCGAGCUCGACCCGUCGGCCCAGACCACCUUCGCGUUCGCCUACUCUGACACCCCGGUGGACACCCCCAGCGACCCCGAGUCGACUUUUGCCAUCCACGACAGUCUCGGCCACCCAGUCUACGACUUCUACAACAUCGGCGUGCUCGCCUCCGUCCUCGUCCACCCCGGUUUCCAAUCCACAAUCAAUGGCCACACUACUACCCCCCAAUUCCUCUACCAAAAACCCUCUCACCAACACCCACUGCACGAACAGGGAUACCAGCCGUACCAGUACAACGGCCUCAUCACAGGCAUCUACUAUGCCGGCUCCUGGCUCGGGUACGUCUUCUUCGCUCACCGCGCCGCCGAUGUCCUCGGCCGUCGGUGGGCGGCUCUGGCCGGCAUGGCGGUGAUUUCUGUCGGCCAGGCGCUCCAGACAGGCGCGAGUGGGAAGAAUGCGCUGGCGAUGGUGUUGCUGGGCAGGAUUGUCUCGGGGGCUGGGACGGCGGUGGUUUCGGCGGGGGUGCCGCUUUAUCAGAGUGAGAUAGCACCGCCGAAACAGCGUGGCAGGUAUGUGGUCAUGAACCAUGUCGGGUUUGUAGCCGGGCUGGCCUCGGGUUUCUGGGUAGGUUAUGGCAUCACCUUUUGGGACGAUGAGCGGGGACUGGCCAUAGGUUGGCGGUAUUCUCUGGGGGCAUCCUUCAUCCCGGCUCUGAUCUUCAUGAUCGCGAUCCCGUUUAUGCAUGAAUCACCUCGUUGGCUCGUCGAACACGGCAAAACCAGCUACGCCCUUUCCACGCUUCACUUCUACCGCGAAGGCUACUACAUCACCCAUGAGAUCCAAGCCGAGCUAUCCGACAUCGAGACCGCCGUCGCCGAGUUCCGCAUCUCCGGGCUGACCUGGGUCUCGCUCUUCUCGGAUCGUGCCCUCUUUGCGCGCAUGUGGCGGGCUUCCCUUCUGCAGUUCAUGGCACACAUGUGCGGCGCGACGGCGAUGAAGUACUACCUCCCUGCUUUGUUCCGGGCGCUGGGGUUUACGCAUCGCGUGUCGUUGCUAGCGGGCGGCAUCGAAAGCACCCUCAAGACAGGGUGUACAGUCAUCGAAAUGCUGGUGAUUGACCGGGUUGGACGGCGGUUUACGUUGAUUGCCGGAGCGCUGGUCAUGUCACUUGCGCUGUUGAUCAACGGGGUGUUGCCUCUGGUGUACCCCGGCAACGUGAACAGAGCGGCUGACUUCACCUGCGUCGUCUUUAUAUUCGUCUAUGCACUGGGUUACAGCAUGGGGUUUGGCCCGGCCGCCUGGGUCUACGGCUCUGAGAUCUUCCCCACUGCUGUCAGGGCUGUCGGUUUGAGUCUAGCUGCCUCGUGCGGUGCCGUAGCGGCCAUCAUCGUGGCCCAAAUAUGGCCAAUCGGUAUCCGUUCUCUCGGCUCUGUCGUGUACUUCAAUUUUAUGGGUAUCAACCUGCUUAGUGUACCGCUUGUAUAUUUCUUUUACCCUGAAACCAAGGGCCGGGCUCUGGAAGAUAUGGAUGCCUUGUUUAGGGGGCACCCUGCUCCACCCUUCGAGAGGAGCAUUGAUGGGAAAAGGAGGACGGGAAAACAACAAAGGCACAAAAAAGUAAGGAAAAGGAAACCUCGCAAACACACCCUGCGAGCCGAGCAGGCCGCCCUCCUCGCCGGCGUAGAAGUGGAACUCGAGCGUGGCGCCGGGCUUAAACUUGGCCUGGGCCAGGACCCGGAGGGCUUCCAGGAUGACGACCACACCCGAGCCGUUGUCGUCGGCGCCGGGGCCGCGGGCGGAGGAUGA